AUGGAGAGGAUCAAAGAAUUGGUUGAAGGUUAUUCACUAGAAAAUAUUUGGAACAUGGACGAGUCUGGCUGUUUUUUUAAAGCUCUACCGGCCAAAGGGUUAGUGGAAAAAGGAAAACAAGCAAAAGGUGGGAAAAAGUCAAAGCUUAGAUUAACUGUCGCUUUUUUUGUAAAUGCAGCUGGGGAAAAGAUCGACCAGCCUGUUGUUGUCUGGAAGAGUAAAGUCCCGCGUUGUUUUAAAAAAUUGAAAGAUCCAUCGCGUCCAGCUAACGUUCACUACUUUUCAAAUCCUAAAUCUUGGAUGACAUCUCAAGUAAUGGAAACUGUACUGGCACGUUUUAACAGAAAACUUUUAUUUGAGGACAGAAAAGUUAUUCUUUUUCUGGACAACGCCACCUGUCAUCCGGAGUCAAUAAUAGGCCAGUUUUCACAAAUCAAAAUCAUUUUCUUACCGAAGAACACAACUUCAAGGCUUCAACCAUUCGAUGCGGGGAUCAUCCAAAACUUCAAGGUGAAGUACAGAAAAAGACUGGUCAAAUACGUGCUUGCAAGGAUCCAGGAGAAUAAAUCUGCAACUGAAAUUAUCAAGAGCGUAGACAUACUUAUGGCUAUUCAAUGGGUUCAAGAUGCGUGGAAAGAAGUAACCAACUUGACCAUCAAAAAUUGUUUCGAGAAAUGUGGCGUAGUUCAAGGAGAAAGUGAAUUGAUGGAAGAUCAAGAAGAUGACUUGGAAUUUGAAGCUCUGGUGAAGGAAUUAACUGAAGAUAUGUCUGCUGCAGAAUACAUCGAUUUUGACGCCGAUGUUCCAGCUUCGGAGCCAAGAAUUAACGAAUUAGAAAUAAAUUGGCGACAUCAAAUCCGAGAAGCUAGCAUUAACGCAAUUGAAAAUCCAGAGAUGGCAUGUCAGGUCGAAGAGAUUUCCGAGGAUGAUGAUGAGAGUGAAGACGUGGUUGAAGAAGAAAUGCUUGGUUUCACCGAGCUAAUCACUAUGCUUGAUAAAAUUAAGCGAUCUACUAUUUUUGAUGAUACAUGCCAAGAAAUGUUGUCAACCAUUACGAAAAAGAUUGAGGAACUUCAGCUUCAAAAUAGAAAACAAUCCUCAAUCAAAGAUUAUUUCAAAUAG